CCACCAGAUGGCUGUCCAGCCAACCUGGGUCGCCAGCCAGCCAGCCAGGUCAUUCACUUGUCUGGUUCUGUUCUGGGUACACAUCCAGGCCAUCCCGCCUUCAGCGUCUUCACAUCUUCAGACAUGUGCGUUUGUAAUAUUUGUAAAGCCAAUUACGAUGGAACUCUACGAAGGCCGUGUAGUCUGCCUUGUGGUCAUACAGUCUGCUCGCAGUGUACUAAAGAUGCUGUACAGAAUGCUCUGCUCGUCUGCCCGAGCUGCAAUACUGAGCACAGUGCCACAGCUGAUGCUCACUUCCCAAUUAGCUACGGUAUGGAGGCCUUGAUGAGGAAACUCGAAGGUGUUAGGCAGUUGUCAGUGGCACCAGGAUCUGCUGCACCUAAAGAGCACUCUAUAAAAGUCAGCAAAACGCUACAGUCGCUGGUGGAGCAGCACAAGAGCAUCAUCAACUCUCUCAUAACUGGCUGUGAAAAAGUACUCUCUAAUUUGGGAGAGUACCAGGUCAAGCUGAGUGACUGGGAGAGUAAACACGACAAAGUUGAGGACGGACUCGUUGGUGUGGUGGAGCUGAACAAGGCGGCAGUGAGUCUGCUGGACCAGGAGAUUAAAAGUGUGGCAGAUAUGGCAAAAGUAGGAGGAGAAAUAAAGCGGCAGCUACAAGAGUUGCUAGUGUGCCUCGACACCCCAGAGGCUGCACAUGAGGUAUACGUGAUCAUCGACGACGUUGAUAAAUCUAGUAUAAAGCUGGAAGAUUGGCUGGAGAAGUGCGAGGAACUCUUCCCGGACACAAACACUGUCCACACCUCAAUUAAGAUGCAAGAGACCUUAAAGCAUUCCCUGAAGGUGACCUCUGAGAUGGAAGCCUCCGUACCCCCCGUCAGCCUGUAUGACUUCACCUCCAGCAUUCUAACUAGAGUUCAGGAAAUUAAUGAUGACAUCUUUGGAACACUGUUAACUGUCGAGCAUCUUCAAAAUUUCAGCCAGCCUAUCCAGAGGCUGGUGGAGGCUGGCCGGGUCUUCGCUGUCAAGCAAUUUCAUGACGGAAUUUACUAUGCAAGGAUAACAUUACAAGAGGGAAGAAUGUACCUUCAUGCACUCGACAAGCAGACUCUGCCCGCCUAUGCUGCUACAGUCAAGUACACAGACGUUGUAGAGAUGCUGGACUACACCUCCCUCCAGGCGUUUCUCUACCUUGGACGCGAGAGAUCUACAAUGGAACAGAUAGUCAUAUGCUUGAGUCGUGACACUGCACUGGGCAGACACUUCAUAAUGCUGUGUACUGGUGAGCUGGGCAAGUCUUACUUGAACACGCACAUUCAUCAAGUUGGGUACUCGCCAGAACACGGAGAGUAUAUGGUGUUUGGCGAAGAAGAGAAGUUCUUCAGUGAUUUACACACGCCACGACCUGCCGUGAAGGGCGUGUAUGGGACGACUCGCAUGGCGGGGGCUGUUUACGCGUGGAAAUGGCCGGACAUUGGAAACUGUAUGCAGUUCGGCGUCUCGCUUACUAACUGUGCAAUUCCUAAAAGUCCUUCAGCAGAUGUGUUUGGUGAGGUGGGGCAAGGUCUGGAUGUGUUGAGGGUGGUAGCUAAUACUAAUGACUACCUCCACGAGAUGGUGCUAGACUGUGGAAUUGUGCUGCCAUUUUAGGUUGCCGUACUGCCAUCCCAAUUGUCAGCAUUGCCAUUACAAUGCUACAUCCUUGUUUGUAACAAUUAACCCUUUGAAUGCCACGUAAGAAUGAAAGUUAAAUUUGCAUGCAAAAAAAAAUAAUAAAAUAUAAAAUGAACAGAUUUUUUUUGUUCAGUUUAGGGCUUCACAAAGUAAUACUUUGUAGUUUCAAUCCAGUUUACACACUGAAAUAACGUAGCAACUGGAUUUAUAAAAUUCAAAAAUUAUUUAGUACAGUGUAUAGACCUACACUGUAAUAUACGCCUAUGCAGAAGAGCUCAAAAGAUGGCUCUGGCAAAUAGCUUCUUUGCUACAGCUGUGAAGUAUUGUCUGCCAGAAAUAUUCAAACUCUUGCAGGAAACUCCAAAAUUGCGAUAUUGUUCUUUCGUGGGGUCCGGAUUAGUUGUAUUGCAUCCAUGUUUGUGUAUUUUAUAUUUAUUUAAGGAAAGUGUUAAGUCUAUCCCAGGGAUAAGUGUAUGGUGACAGCGUUAACUGUUAAAGCGUUGUCAUAAUCUAUUUCACGGGCUAUUCAUGCCCGUGCCAGCUCUUGGGAUAGCUUAAACUUGAAAAAUAUAUCUCCUGUAUAAUAAUUAUUAACGCCAUAUCACCAGCCUUUACUGUCUUGUCACCACCACAUCUUUCUCACCAUAACGGAUGUCACUUCAGUGACGUCCUCGUUAAUUAUCAGCUGUUGGUCACACAUCACCCUCGCAGCUGCUUUACAGCUGUUCCUGUAAGCCCUUGCAUGCAUUCCUGCCUUUGCCAUUCACUCCCAUAACUACCCUCGCUGUCGAUCAGGUCCCACAACUGGGCAAGUGACCGUACCGAGCAAUAAACAUUGUCCCUUUAUGACCUCUAUGGCUAACUUGUAUUAUGUAUUUUACACUAUAAAAUAAUAUAAUAAUAAU